UGUGUUCUUCUGUUAACGGUUGCUGACUUCUAAUGUCUCCAACAUUUCCCUGAAAUUGAUCAUAUUCAUAUUUAUAUCCUUAGAAAAAGGGGAUAAAAAAUCACGAAAAAUCUCUGUAGAUCCUUACCGUCGUCAACUCUUCAUGCUCUGCUCCUCAAAUUCCCAAAUCAGAACCACCCACAAGCCUCCUUCAUCCAUCCAUUCAAAACCCUUCACAGACCUAGAAAUCCACUCUAUAUUUCUAGGCGUCAAAGCCUCCGAAAUUCGAUCUUUGGACCCUCCAAAACCGUGAAGAUUCGAGCUCCGGAGCAAUGAAGAAGCAAAAAUCCAGCAAUGAACAUGUUUCCAGCUUCAACUACUUCGAUCUUCUCUCCGAAGAAAUCGUUUUCUCAAUCCUGGAUCACCUCGACGACAACCCGUUUGAUAAAAAGUCGUUCUCUCUCGUCUGCAAAUCCUUCCACGCUAUCGAGUCUCGGCAUCGGAGGACCCUGAAAGCUCUCCGUGCCGAGCAUUUAAGCAGGAUUCUGAAUCGCUACCCAUUCAUAACACAUCUCGAUCUCUCUCUUUGUCCUCGAAUAACCGACGCUUCGCUCGCGGUUAUAUCUUCAGGUUGCAACAAAAUGUUGACGUCGAUCGAUCUCUCGAGGUCAAAAUUCUUUACCCAUGUGGGUCUGUCCAUUUUGGCCAUCAACUGCUCGAAUUUGAUUGAGAUUGAUCUGUCCAACGCGACGGAGCUGAGAGACCCGGUGGCGGCCGCUAUUGCCGAGGCCAAGAAUUUGGAGAAGUUGUGGCUGGCGAGAUGCAAAUCUAUUACGGAUAUAGGGAUUGGUUGUAUAGCUGUUGGAUGCAGGAAGUUGAGGUUGCUUAACCUGAAAUGGUGUUCGGGUGUUGGUGAUUUAGGGGUAGGAUUGAUUGCUGUAAAGUGCAAGGAAAUUCGAAGUCUGGAUCUCUCUUACUUGCCGGUCACAAAUAAGUGCUUAUCAUUGAUCUUGAAAUUACAACACCUUGAAGAUUUGAUUCUGGAGGGGUGUUUUAGUAUUGAUGAUGAUAGCCUUGCGGGCCUCAAACAAGGGUGCAAGUCAUUAAAGACGCUUGAUAUGUCAAGUUGUCAGAAUGUUAGUCAUGUGGGGUUGUCUUCUCUGACAAGCAGUGCUGGAUGUCUGCAACAACUUAUAUUAGCAUAUGGCUGUCCUGUCACUCUUUCUCUUGCCGAUAGCUUGCAAAUGUUAUCCACAUUGCAAUCAAUUAAAUUAGAUGGUUGUCGUGUUACUUGUUCUGGACUAAAGGCUAUUGGAAAUUGGUGUGUAUCGCUGAGGGAGAUGAGCUUAAGUAAAUGCUUUGGAGUGACAGACAAUGGCCUUUCCUCCCUGGUGCAAAAACACAGAGACUUGCAAAAGCUUGAUAUCACAUGUUGCCGCCAAAUAACUCAUGUUUCAAUUGCCCAUAUUACAAAUUCGUGCAAGUCCCUUAAGUCCCUUAGAAUGGAGUCGUGUCCUCUGGUACCGAAAGAAGCUUUUGUUUUGAUUGGACAGCAUUGCCAUUUGCUUGAGGAGCUUGACCUUACAGAUAAUGAAAUUGAUGAUGCAGGUCUGGAGUCCAUCUCAAGAUGUUCCAACCUCUCGAGCUUGAAACUAGGAAUUUGCCUUGACAUAACCGACAAAGGCCUUGCCCAUAUUGGCAUGUGCUGCUCAAAACUCACAGAGCUUGAUUUGUACAGGUCAGCAGGAAUAACAGACUCUGGCAUCAUGGCAAUUGCUCGUGGAUGCCGUGGACUUGAGAUGAUUAAUACAUCGUAUUGUGAAGAGAUUACUGAUGUUUCAUUGAUAUCAUUGGCAGAGUGUUCAAAGUUGAACACUCUUGAAAGUCGAGGAUGUCCCCUUCUUACAUCUAUUGGUCUAGCAUCUAUCGUUGUGGGAUGUAAGCAACUCUCAAACAUAGACAUAAAGAAAUGCUACAACGUUAAUGAUGCUGGAAUGAUUCCACUUGCUCACUUCUCUCAAAAUCUCCGACAGAUAAAUGUGUCAUAUAGCUCAGUCACGGAUGUGGGGCUGUUGUCGCUGGCCAGCAUCAGCUGCUUACAGAGCAUCACUAUCUUGCACUUAAAGGGUCUGACUCCAGGCGGACUAGGAGCUGCACUAUUGGCGUGUGGAGGGCUUACAAAAGUGAAGCUUCAUACAUCUUUCAAGUCAUUGUUGCCACCGGCUCUUUUAGAACACUUGCAAGCCCGCGGCUGUAUUUUCCAGUGGAGAGAUAAAGCGAUUCAGGCUGAAUUGGACCCCAAGACCUGGAAGCUACAGUUGGACGAUAUACAAUGACUUAUUCAAGCUUUAAUGAGGUUGGAAAAGCCCCCCCUCAGUGUACAACCACAGUGAGUUUGUUGUGUGCUGGAAAUUUUGGGUCUUUACUCCAAAAACUUGAUGAAGUAAUACCAUCAAACGUGGGCCGCUGCCCUUAAACAAGAGCAGAGCUACGUGCUGUGUAAAGAUCGUCUUUUGUGAUUUUUUAAGUUAAUGGCCUACUUUCAAAUCACCACUGAGAGGUGGUCUUGAAAAUUGUGUGGAAGAAAUAUGAUAUUGUAAUCCUGUAUUUCAUCACUCUCUCGUUGUUAUCAACACCACAUUCUCCGUGUUAUGUGUAGUCUGUAGAUUGGCUCCA